AUGAAGAUCGCAGACCGAACAUUCGUCAUAAGCGGCGGCGUGUCUGGCCUCGGCCUGGCAACAGCACGCGCACUCCAUCAACAAGGCGCAUACGUCUCACUACUCGAUCUCAAUGCCGACAACGGUGCAAAAGUUGCCUCUGAACUCGGCUCUCGCGCAAAGUUCUUCGAAACCGACGUCUCGGAUACCCAGGCCAUUGCCGCAGCAGUACAAGGGACAGUGGCUUGGGUCAAGGAAACAGGAAAGCACAUUGGAGGCGUAGUCGCUGGCGCAGGUGUGGGAAUGCCAGGAUUAAUCAUCGACAAGAAGAAUGAGCCGUUGAGCCUUGAGAGCAUUGAUUUCGUACUAAACAUCAACCUGCGAGGAACGCUGGAUCUGAUCCGUCAGACACUACCACACAUGACCACUGCGCCUUCUUCAGGCCCCGACGGCGCCCGCGGUGUCAUCAUCAUGAUUGCCUCCUCCGCUGCCUUCGACGGCCAAAUGGGCCAGGUUGCAUACGCAGCCUCCAAGGGAGCAGUCGCAUCUCUGACCCUCCCCCUCGCCCGCGAUCUCUCAAGGUACGGUAUCCGAGCCGUGACGAUAGCGCCCAGCAUGUUUGACAGCGCCAUGACGCGCAUGAUGAGCGACAAGGUCAGGAAGAGUCUGGAGAACAGCAUGGAGUUCCCAAAGAGGCCAGGACAACCGGACGAGUUUGCCAGAUUGGUGGUGGAAUGCAUUGGGAAUGACAUGUUGAAUGGAACGGUGCUGCGGUUGGACGGCGCAAUGAGGAUGCCGGCGAGACUAUAG